CGCCUUUGCCAACAACAGAGGCGCGGAUUCUCUGAUGAGCCAGGCAAUCUGGAGGCUACCGGGGCAUCAAAGAAUCCCCUACAAUCAACCAUGAUGGCUGAGCCUUCUUGGGAGCUGAAUAUCGUCCAGAACAUUAGGAGGAUCGAGAGUUAUAAACGACUGCUCUAUUUUUCCAGCCCCAGUCCAGUUUAAAUCUAAAGGCCUCCAAGAAGGGAGGUGGCAGGGCCCUUGAUGUUGAUCAAUGCUUAACACCUGGUCAGCAGACUGAGUGGAGAACACCCAAGCCACCAGAGCAACCUUGGAAGAUGUCGAACCAGAGCAACGGUGAUACCAAGCCCCCAUGUUUACCCCGGAAUGGACUUGUGAAGCUCCCCGCCCAGGCCAAUGGACUCGGCUCUGCCAGCAUCACCAAAGGGACCCCAGCUAUGAAAAACCGCCUGUGCCAGCCAUCAUCCGUGCCUGCCAUCAUCAGCCCGGCCUUAGCGAAUCACAGUGACCUGCCCAUCCCCAGCCUUGCGUCACCUUUGGCCUUGGCCUCCCUGGGCGGGGUGCCAUCCCCCUCCAGCGCCGCCGUGGUGGGGCUGAACUCUAGCGAGGCGUCCCCGGCCAACGGAGAAGUCACCUCUUUCGGAGGCCUCUCCGGCUCCCCCACCGAAACGCAACUGGCGGUGGAUGAGAAGAUCCUCAACCGGUUGUUUAUGUACUUUUCGGCUUGCGAGAAGUGUGUCCUGGCCCAGGUGUGUAAAGCCUGGAGGCGGGUCUUGUACCAGCCCAAGUUCUGGGUGGGCCUGACGCCGGUCCUGCACACCAAAGAACUCUAUAACGUCGUGCCCAGCGGAGACAAAGAGUUCGUCAACCUCCAGGGUUUCGCCAUCAGAGGCUUUGAGGGCUUCUGCCUGGUGGGGGUCUCCGACUUGGACAUCUGCGAGUUCAUUGAUAACUACCCCCUGUCUAAGAAAGGGGUGAAGUCCAUGAGCCUUAAAAGAUCCACCAUAACAGACGCUGGCCUUGAAGUGAUGCUCGAACAGAUGCAGGGAGUCAUGCGGCUGGAACUGUCCGGGUGCAACGACUUCACCGAGGCGGGUCUCUGGUCGAGCCUGAACGCCCGCAUCACCUCCCUGAGCGUCAGCGACUGCAUCAACGUGGCCGACGACGCCAUCGCCGCCAUCUCCCAGCUCCUGCCCAACCUGACCGAACUGAACCUUCAGGCCUACCACGUGACGGACACCGCCCUGGCCUACUUUACGGCCAAGCAGGGCUACACCACCCACACCCUCCGCCUGAACUCGUGCUGGGAGAUCACCAAUCACGGCGUGGUCAACAUGGUGCACAGCCUGCCGAACCUGAGCGUCCUGAGCCUCUCCGGCUGCUCCAAAGUGACCGACGACGGGGUGGAGUUGGUGGCCGAGAACCUGCGGAAGCUCCGCAGCCUGGACCUCUCGUGGUGCCCUCGGAUCACGGACAUGGCCCUCGAGUACAUCGCCUGCGACCUGCACAAGCUGGAAGAGCUGGUGCUUGAUAGGUGCGUACGGAUCACAGAUACAGGACUCAGUUAUCUGUCGACCAUGUCAUCCCUAAGGAACCUAUACCUCCGCUGGUGCUGCCAGAUUCAAGACUUCGGCCUAAAGCAUCUUCUGGGAAUGAGAAGUUUACGCCUCUUAUCUCUUGCUGGUUGUCCUCUACUGACCACUACUGGACUUUCGGGCCUGGUACAGCUUCAAGACCUGGAAGAAUUGGAGUUGACCAAUUGCCCUGGGGCCACUCCGGAGCUGUUCAAGUAUUUUUCACAGCACCUGCCCCGUUGCAUGGUGAUUGAAUAAGAAGCUCCCUGGAAGAAUUUGACCAGCGUCUGGAGCCAUGUCCUCCGAGCCCAACCCAGCACUGACCAACCAAUCAGAGUCAUGGUUUUAUUUAUUCAUUUAAUAUAUAAAUAUACAUAUAUAAAUAUAUAAUAUAUAUAAAUAUCUAGGUUUUUUUUUCUUUUCCUGGAGAGAUGCUGUGACUAUAAACCACAGAGGCGCGCAGAGGAAAAACAACAGCAGCAACGCAAUGCGUACUGAACGAUACGAGUCGGAUCGUCUGAAAGGACAACACACUCGGCAGGCGUAGUCGCAUCCCAGAAGCUGUGGUGGCGACAACAGCGUGGAAGUAUCCCUCCUCGUGUUUGUAAAUCCUCGUGCCUCCAUCAUCUCCUGUCUUCCUUGUAGUGACCUUUCCUGAAACUUCCCCCCCCCCUUUUGUUUUUCCUGGAGGGAAAAAAAUAAUGGUGAUUCAAACAAAAAAACACAACAAACACAAAAAUAAAAAUUAAAUAUAUAUAUAUAUAUAUAUUAAGAAACAAAAGGGUGAAAAUGUGAGCAAGAAACCACAAUGGUAGAUUGCUGAGUUGGUGGGCACGCUGUGGCCGCUCAGUGCUGGAUCGACGUGGCCCCCGUCCAGAUGCUUCAGGUUGUGGCGGGUCGACGUUCACCUCUUCUCCCGCCCGGUUUCCGGGUGGUUUGUGAAGGAAGAAUAAGGGAGCUAGUCCUCUUGAAGGCCUUCCCAAGCAGGGCUCUUACCCAGUCGGGCCUAUUGUGGAAACGGUCGGCGUCAUUCGCGGUUGGGGUGGAAAAGCUGAGUCGCGGAAGAGGAAACCCUUUCCUGAGAGGAGCUCGGUGACAGGAAAGGGGAGAUGGAGCAUCCGUGGAUGUGCAUUGGCUUCGCCUUCGCAUUCCAAGAAUGGGACGCUACAGUGAAGGGUUUUCGGGGAGAGAGAGAGAGAGAAGAAGAAGAUGAUGAUGAUGAUGAUGAAGAAGAAAGCGGAAACUGGCCAAUGCUGUGAAAGAAAACCUUGGCACUUCUCCUCCCCGAGGCUUGCGGGGAGACAGGAAUCUCGGGCUGCUCCCGGAAGCGAAGCCGAGGUGUGGACUGUCGUGUGUCUUUCUCCGAAGAAAAGACCGAGGAGCACUUUCCCAGGAAAUGGAUUUCAUUCACUUACCGGAACCUUCCUGGUGGACCCUAACUGAGGUUACGUGAUGCUUGGCAGACAAUCUCUGCCACCUUUUACAUUCGUUUGUUUGUUUUUUAAUUUUUAAAUUCUCCUCCUUUUGUUAAUGAACGAGGGAAUUGCCCCCCCUUCUUCUUCUUUUCCCCCUUUGACCUGCAUCGUCUCUUCAGAACAAAACCUACAGCCUUUGCAUGCUAGCUUGCUUCCGUCUUGUGGUAAGGUAGACUCUGGAUUCUGCUAUGGGCUGGGCUAGGCUGCAGGAGGCGGUCUGGAGCUCGGCUCGGCUUGUCUCUGUUGCUCUGUAAAGCUGAUGUGGAUUUGUAAUGCUGUCCAUAUUCCAUAGAUUGAGACACCGAUUUCUGACUGGCUGUUCUGCUGCUGCUCGGAGAAGACUGAGUCUGUUAAAAACCCUUCAACCCAUCCCUAUGCAUACCAGUCUCGAUAUACUCUCGCCCCAUUCUUGCUCAACGUAGGACAGCAGGGCUCAGGAGACUGGCCGGAGUAUAUCAACCUGACGUCUCCUAGGCCAAGAACACCACUAACUCUCUAGCUUGAUCCUCUUUGGCCCUGCCCGUUUCCAUUUCAGCUUUGCCCCCCACCUCUACGCUUUCUGGAGGCCCAUAAUGCAGCUCUGUACUAGGGGGGUCAAACUAGACAAGGCGACCCUUUUGUAAGCCGAAAGGGGCCAACCUUUUUGUCCUCCAGCAAUGCAGUUCCCUUAAAGAUGCAUGGCCGAAGGACCGACUUGCACCUAAAGCCUGUGCUGACCUCCCAUGGAUCGAUUUUCAAGGAUGGGCUGGCUGCGUUGUCUAAUUUGACCCUCGGGCACCCUCUUCCCACCAGCCCCUUCUUCAAAUGACCAUGAAGACCCGGGGUGGAGCAAUUAGUUCCAGGCAGCUGUGAUGUGCCGUAUCCCAGCGAUGGGCUCUCAUUAAGAUGGCAGGGUGCUUUGAGCCACCCUGCCAUCUUGCCAAACGCAACGGUGGCCCGCCACCAUACCUGCCCUGUUGCUCAAGUGCCUGUGCAUUCAGUCUCCAUGCGAGAUAAGGGAGAAAGCUGUCUUGGUGGUGUGGGAAUGUGCACACAAAAUGGGCCCACCUUUCUUCAUUCAAGUAUGUAUAUGCCUGAGCAUUGGGUGCCUUCACUCGGAGAGUGGUAGAAAUACCACUGCCUGCUCCUCUGUAUCAGCAAAGUCAUCCAGAGUGCAGUCCUGUGUGGAUGUGCUUUCCUGGAAGUAAGGAAAGCACAUCCUUACUGAAUGCAGGGGGCCUUACUUCUCAUUAAGCAAACUUAGAGUUGCAAUGGAAAGCAAUGUAAGCUACGACCAAUGGGGAAAAUCAGGAGAUUCGGGGGAGUGGGGGGCUUAACUCAUACACGUUUUGCUUCCCCAGGUGGAAUAGUUUCCUUGCUUCCCCGCCAUCUUGUUAGCCAGUUGCCCCUGGAAUCCGGCAUCUUCUACUGCCUCUGGGUUUCAUCCAGCCCCACUUCUUUUCCCAUAAUGCACUGUGCAGGCUUCCAUUUUCAUGGGCAUUUUUGGUGGCCUCCCCAUUUUUGCUUCACUUUCACGAUGGAAAACCCAACCAUAUUUCUCCUGUCCUGACUGUGAAUGUGUACCUCUGGAAAAAGUGGCCUCUAAAUCAGAAACCCUUGAAGCUCUAAAUUCUCCAACCUGACCCCCCCCAACCCAACCCACCUCCCCAUGAUGUGACCGACUUGACUCCGCUACUCUGCCUGAGGAGUAACAGGAGGUGUAAUCCAGUAUAUCUGGAGGGCGCCAGGUUGGGAAACACUGCCUUAGCUCUUCCACCAGUUAAGCCAUCAUCCCCAAAACCAGCAGAAUGAGACCACAGGCACUGUCCACCGUACCUCUUUUGAGUCUUCCUAGCACCGUUAACAUGCCAUCCUCAAUCUAGGAUUUGAUUCAAGCCAAGCUUUAGCGCUAGUUAGCCAUUCGUAUCGAUAUUGAUACAUCAUCCUUGCCUCCUCGCGUCCUGCUUGCUCCCUUUUCAACUGAGUCCAGUCUAUUGCUUCAAUAAUGAUUAUGUGCUGGCAAGUCAAUUCUGCCCGAUGCCAACCCUUUUCAAGGUUAUUCUGGGUGUUGAAUACUCAGAUGUAGUUUACCACUCCCUUCUACAAGAGGCUGCGCAGUUGGCCCAAGGCUACCAAGGCUGGCUCUUCUCCUGGCAGGCGCAGUGGGAAAGAAACCCCCUCACACACACA